AUGGCUGAUUAUUUUUUCACUACCGCGACAGGCUUGUCAGUAUUAUUAUGCAUCAUUCCAGGAAUAUUCUAUAUCCAAACACGGAACUGGGGUGUAGUUCUCAUGAUAUUUUGGGCAAUAGCAACAAAUAUCAUACUUUUUAUAAACUCUAUACUUUGGGCCGAUGAUCUAGAUGAUAAAGCUCAUAUUUAUUGUUUGAUUUCUACUCCAAUAUAUGUUGGUGCAAACAUUGGGCUGUUGACUUCUAUUUCGUGUAUGAUUUAUAAUCUUUACACUCUCAUCGCAUGCCCUACGAUUGUGACUGAGCGAAUUAAAAGAAGACAAACAAUUAGAGAUUCCGGCCUUAUAAUUGGGGGACCUAUAAUUCUUACGGGAUUCAAUUAUUUGGUUCAAACACAUAAAUAUGGAAUUAGACCUACUUUAGGUUGUUUCCCAGUCGAGUAUAUAAAUGGGUUGUUUUUUUUGGUACAUGGAAUAUGGCCCGUUAUCAUUGCUAUUAUUGGUUGCUAUUAUGCAG